UUUGGUGCAACCCGUUUUACCAUAAACGGUUAAGGGUUUGUAAGUUGUGACCGCUUCAACUUAUUCUACCCUUUAUCUUCCCACAUCCCCUUUAAUGGCAGAUUAACAUCUCCAAAAACCCCAGCCUCCAUUUUUCUUCACUACCUUCUUCAACCUCUUCUGCAUCUCUCUCUUUUUUCGCUAUCAAUCUCGUUAACUCUCGGUUCAAUUCUCUGUAAAUUGAUGCAAUUUUGGUCACUAACAGGUAAUGACCCACUUUGAGCAAGGUUGGGAUUAUUGUGGGAAUUUCAAAAUGACGGAUUAUUUGGAGCAAACUGGCCAGAGAUACUGAAUUCUGGUAACGUCAACAUCCUCGAAGGCUCAAAGCUCACAGCAUGCUAGCCAGGAGGUAGAAGAAGUCAUGAAUUGGAACGUACUGAAUUGGUUAGAUAGAAUGCUAGGUAACUGCACUCUUCUUGAAAUAGGAGCAUGAGACCUUUAUCCAUCAAGUGAGACCUAGAAUGGAGCAAGCUGUUGCUGAAAGACCUAUAUCUCAGGAACGACAUAUCGGUCAACUUCAUAUGCAGCAUGAAGGUACAGUGAAUAGCAGUGGUGGUCAGUCAGAAAAAGAUCCAUUAGGACGAUGGUGUGUCAGGAGAUCAACAGGCUGGAGAGGAUCUAUUCCCAGUGAUAGUUUUCGUGGAGAUCAUUUAGGACGAGAUAAUUUUCAAAGACCUGUAUGUCGUGACAACUUGCGAGGCAGUUGUGUCCGUGGAGCAUUUUGUAAGUACCAGCACUCUGAUUCUGAUGGACAUGAUAGAUCCAGGUUCUAUCACGACGGGCGAGAAAAUUUGGGUGCUGUUGCAAAUUUUGGUAACUCCCAAAUAUGUAGAGAAAAUCAAGAUCGUGAUUCAACAAAUAGGUAUUCCUCCGGAGGCUACAGGAGCAGAUCUCCUUGCCGUAGAUUUCAGAGUGGGAGGUGCUACCAUGGAGCAUCUUGCCGAUAUCUGCAUCCUGAAUCGACCAGUUAUGAUAGAUUGACUCAUGGUGUAAUUGUAGAACAACGACAAGAAGAUGAAGCAGUAAGGGAUUCUUGUUUAGUUGGAGAAAAUAAGGACAGCACUUUAAGGAUCUCUCAAGAGCAUGGUGAAGUAGAUAAGGAAAAUAGUUCAAGGCCUAUACCUUUUUCAGGAGAACACAGGAGCAGAUCUCCUUGUCGCAAUUACCUCAGAGGCCAAUGCAAUUUCGGAGCAUUUUGCAAACGUUGGCACCCUGUCACUUUGAGUACAUCUCGAGAGCAUGAUGAAGCAAACAUGCAUAAUCAUUUUAGAGUUGGGGGUUUUUCAAGAGAUCCCAGAAGUAGAUCGCUUUGUCAAAGUUUCCUCAGAGGUAAAUGUUAUCGUGGAACAUCGUGUGUGGAUUUGCACCCUGUCACUGUCCAGGAUAGAACAAGAUAUGAUUCGUGGGGUGUUCAACAACAUCAAGGAGCUCCAGUAAACCCACAUUUGUGUGAUGGCAGUAUAGCUUCCCCUUUAAGGAUCUCUCUCAAUCAUGAGAGAUGCAAGAACCAUGAAAUCCAAUCACAUCGAGACAUGCAUGUUGUUUUUGAGAGAAAUAAAGAAUGGCCGACAAAGGAUGGUAUGCAGUUGGCUGGCAACAGAGAAAACUUCGAUAUAACAUCAAGGAAAUGGUCUUAUCAGAGGCAGAAAGGCAGCUCUGCAAAUGAUUUUGGUGGUGACAAGCGAACACGGGAGGUUUGCCUUCAGUUUACGAAGGGCAGGUGCAAAAGUGGAGAUCUCUGCAGAUACCUUCAUGGCUACCAUGAAUAUGCUACUUCUAACUGGAGUGACAAAUCGUACACUGAAGCUGCUGGUCAUUCUAGGAAUUUUGGUAUUACUAAUCAAAAUGUCAAUACAAUGAUGGCUCAAGAGCAUGCUGAUGCCAAGAACUAUAAGAUGUCGCUUGUUGAAAGCGUACAUACGGAAAGCAGUCAAAUUGGUUGCACCGAUAAGGAAACCCGAGGGAGAUCUGUUGAUGACGCUAUAAAACCAAACAUUCUUGAUCAUAAGGUUCAUGUGCCUACGGUUGGGUAUAAAUGUGAAGUUUCUGGAGAGAAAACCACGAGUUUCUGCAAUUCUUCUGAUAAUCAUGAGGAUAUCAGUUUAUGGAGUCAGCCAUUCAAACGGCGAAGAAGCAUGAGUCAGUCUCCAAUUACCCCCAAUAAUGAUUUUCAUUGCAGGAACUUGAGGGAAUAUGAUUCUCGCGUCGAUUUACGUGGAGGUAGGUGCUCUAAUGUAGGACGAUUCCAGUAUCCAGAUCAUCACUCUUACAGGUAUGAGAAGCCUAUGUAUCAUGCAAACUUCCAACAGCGUACGGAAGGUGAAGCAAUUUUGGGGAACCCUUGCUCUCAGCAAUGUAAUGAUCCAAAGUUGGUGACAUCUCAAAGGCACGAUGAAGUGGUUAGUCAAGAUCGGCAGCUAGAUCAGUGUUUCCGCGGCAGUCUUGGUUCAAAUAUUGCAAUUGUCAGGAAGAAAGCUGAAGCUGAAUUUGCAGGAUGUACCUUGAAGGCUAGUUGCACAGACCCAAAUGAUGGAGAGCUAGCAAUAUGCAGCAAUGCAGUGGAUAAUAUAACGUGCGCAGCUGCUAUUGAUCAGGAAGUCUUGGGAUCAGAUUCUACAAGGUCGUCUGAAGAGCACGAUGUUUCUCCAGCAGCUAUUGAUUCUAGUGUGUUAGAGGAAGGACCUGUUGGAUUGAACAAUAAUAUGGGUCAGGAGACCAAUGAAAGUUCUGCAGAACUGAUGCCAAUGAUAAAAACCUAUUCUAGGAAGAAGCGUAAAAAAAGGGGCUCUAAAUCUGUAUCUUGUGAAGAAAUCUUGAAAGAGGAGGUAAGUGAUGCCUCGGAGCAGGGGACUACGACAACUUUAUGUAACUCUGGCAUUCCAGUUGAAAUGAUGAAGAGUGCUUCAAAAAAUAAUGAUUUGGAGAACAUGGAUAUGCAUGACCAUCCAGUUAAAAAGCAGAAAAGGAAGUGGAAAAGAAAGUUGCUUUGUGUUGCAUCUUGUGAAGAAAUCAUGAAAGAAGUGGUAAUUGAUGCCUCAAAUAAGGGGACCCUGAUUAGCUCUUUGGCAGAAACUCAUUCGACUAACCCAGAUGUUGUGUCAGUAUCUGGCGUUCCAGUUGAUACGAAGAUGAGUGAUCCAGAAAAUGGUAAUUUGGGGAAUGUGCUGGUGCGUGACCAAUCAGUGAAACAGAAGGCUGAAAAGAAGCACAGAAAAAAGCGUACUGGAUCUGGAUUAUGUGAUGAAAAUAAAAAAGAAGAGAUAAGUGAUGCGUCAGAACAGGGUAUGGCAAUCAGUUCUUUGGUGGAGACUUCUUGUAGUAAGUCGAAUCUUGUGUCUGUUACUGAUGCUGCAGUCGAUAUGAAAUUGAGUGCUUCGGAAAAUAAUGAGUCGGUUAAUGUGGUCUUGCCUGACUUCCCAGUUAUAAGGAAUGUUAAGAAGAAGCGUAAGAAUAAGUGUCCUGGAUCUGGGUCAUUUGAAGCAAAUAAAGAGGAAGAGAGAAGUGACGCCUCAAAACAGGGUAUGCCAAUCAGUUCUUUGGUGGAGAUUGUGUCUGUUACUGGUGUUGCAGUCGAUAUGAGAAUGAUUGCUUCUGAAAACAAUGAGUUGGAGAAUGUGCUUUCGCAUGACCUCCCAGUCAUACAGAAGGUUAAGAAGAAGCGUAAAAAAAAGUGUCCUGGUUCUGGAUCAUUUGAAGAAAAUAAAGAAGAGAUAAGUGAUGCCUCAAUACAGGGUAUGCCAAUCAGUUGUUUGGUUGAGACUUCUUGGAGUGAGCCGAACAUUGGGCCUGUUACUGGUGUUCCAGUCGAUACCAAUUUGAGUGCUGCCGAAAAUAAGGAGACAGAGAAUGUUCCCUUGCAUGACCUCCCAGUUAUAUCGAAGGUUAAUAAGAAGCAUAAAAAAAGGUGUCCUGGAUCUGGAUCAUUUGAAGAAAAUAAAAAAGAAGAGAUAAGUGAUUCCUUAAAACAGGGUUCACCUAUUAGUUCUUUAGUGGAGACUUCUUGGAGUAAGCAGAAUAUUGUGCCUGUUACUGGUGUUGCAGUCGAUACCAAUUUGAGUGCUUCUGAAAAUAACGAGUCAGAAAAUGUGCUCUUGCAUGACCUCCCAGUUAAACAGCAGGAAAAUGGUUGCAGGACCAACAAAAUCGAGAAAAAUGUGGAUCCCGCGGUCGAUGGCACUUUGCUUGUUGGUAACACUGAUGAUCACUCAUUGCAAACUUUACAAUAUCCAUCAAGAACAGUUGUUUAUAGUUCUAAAAGAAAGCUUCUUGUGCUUGAUGUGAAUGGGCUACUGGCUGACAUUGUUACGAAGGGAGAGUAUUCACACUAUUAUAAACCAGACAUAAUUGUAUCAGGAAAAGGAGUCUUCAAACGGCCAUUCUGCGAUGAUUUCCUACAGUUCUGCUUUGAAAGAUUCAAUGUGGGCAUUUGGUCAUCAAGACUCAUGAAGAAUCUGACUCAGGUGGUGGACUAUCUCAUGGAGGACACCAAAGAAAAAUUACUAUUCUGUUGGGAUCGUGCCUAUUGUACUCUUACGCAAUACUCAACUCUUGAAAGCAGGAGGAAGCCUCUUGUUUUAAAGGAACUUAGGUAUCUGUGGGGUGGGAAUUGGUGUCAUCUUCCUUAUUAUGAUGAAACAAAUACAGUAUUGCUGGACGAUUCACCAUACAAGGCUUUACGGAAUCCUCCCUACACAGCCAUAUUUCCAGAACCAUACACUUACAGGCAUCGUAGAGAUAGAGCACUAGGACCCUGUGGUGAACUUCGUGUAUAUCUUGAGAGACUGGCAGAAGCUGAUAAUGUCCAGAAAUUCAUUCAGGAAAAUCCAUUUGGUCAAAGGCCCAUCACUGCAGCAAGCCCAUCUUGGCAAUUUUAUGCUAAAAUUGUUGGUUCUCUUGCAAGUCAACAAGGAGAAAGCGCCUGCGUUACCCCUAGCCCUGACUCACCACAGUGCAGCAUUGCAGUUAACAAACCUGCCUCAAAGCUAAAUGGUGUGUAGGCUUAAUUUUCAGCGCCUAGUGUACUAGAUUAUACUUGUAAAUGUCCGGAGGGGACUCUCCUGAGCAAUGCUAUGAGUUAUGAGUCUUAUGAGUUCCUAGACGAUUGGUCUCAUUUUUGUACUUGAUUAUAGGUUUUUGUUUUGUGAUAAAAGAGUGUAAGACUAAACCAUAGAUCAUAGGCUGAUAAUUUAUUCUUUUAUGUGAACGCGAUAAAAAGCUGUAAUCUAGGAGGUCUAACUGUGUAGUUCUGCCGAGCCUCUAAAACGAGGUUGUGGUGAAGUUGAAGCAAACCUGUUGAUGUAAUGUUGCGGCUGUUCAAUAUUUCAUGUACUAAUUAAUAUCAUUAGCUUUCAGUUUUGUCUA